GUAUCUAUCUAUAGACAGAUCACUAUAAUCGAAAAACCUCACUGCUCUUCAACUUGCGGUGUGUAAACGACCCCCUAAGCGAUCCGUACACAGUAGACUUUGACCAGGGAGUAAUCCCAUUUAACAACUCAAGUAUCGUCAGAUACAAGCUGGGAAUUACCCUACUUUGUUUAACCUCUUAUGUGUACAGUUGAAGAACGGAGGAUAGAUAUAACGUGAGAAUGGAUGCUGACGAAACACUGGCUAUGCAAGAACUCCAUACCAAAAUAGUCCAAUGCUUAGAACCUUCACAACUUCACGAUUACCUAUUUCAGGAAGGAAUCAUUCCAGAAAACUUUAUUCACCGUCUUAGAGAGAGUAGUAGGGUGCCUACAGAGAGAUCAAGACUGUUCAUUUUACAUUUAAAAAAACAUUGCCCCUUUAACGUAUUUCUUCUUGCUUUGAGACAGAAUAAUGCGUAUUCUUUUCUUGCAAAUGAACUGGAAGGAAAACUUGAAAACAUCAAAAGUCGCAAGAAAAGGUGUGAUUCUUCAGUUGAAAUUGCUUGGUAUGAUAAGGCAUACUGGCCAAUAAGAAGAAUUCAAGUUUACAACAAAUAUAGGGAAGAAAUGGUCAAUGAAAGGCAUGAAUUAAAACGACUGUGUUUGAAUUUAAAACUCUCCGAGUUUUAUAUUAAACAAGAACUUUUAAAGCAAAACUGGUUAAAUUUAUCAAAACUAAAUGAUGCUAGUGACGAAAAGAAACAAAAGGCCGCUGAUUUAUAUUUCAUUUCUUUAGAUGCUGAAAUUGAAUACAGGCGAGUGAAGUACGACAGAGCCCUGUUUGAUGACACAGUUUUAAAAUAUAUGAAAAACAUAAUUCACAAAACAUCUAAUCCGAAAGCCAGCCUAAUGUUAUACCUUGGAAGACGGGCUUCUGCAAUGGUAAUGUCAAGUGAGAGAUUCCUCGAAGAUGGCUUAAAAUCUGUGCGAGAGGCAACAGAAAAUGGAGAACGAAUUGAACCAUGCAGGGAAACUGGAAUAGUGCUACUGAUUUAUUACAAUUUGUUAUGUCAGCAGUACGAAUUAACUUUAGAUCAGAUACUGAGGGAAAAUCUUAUUAAAAUUGCUAAAGAAUCUUUGGAUCACUUUGCACAAGAAAGAGACAACGUUUCUUUCGAUUUUCGUAGAAUAGUAAUGUUAAAGACAUCAUUUAUUUAUUUGGGUAUUGGAUUAUUUUGUAAUAUUUUAUCAGUUCCUGUCUGUCAGACUCGUUUAGAUCAAGCCAGAUCCUGUUUGGAACAUGCUCUUCGUGAUUGGGAUAGAAUGGAAUUAAGAUGGAAAAUGAUCUAUCAUUUUGCAAAUGGGCGGAUUCAUGAAAUUCAGAAACGAUGGGAUCUGGCACUUCUCAGUGUAAAAGAGUCAUACAUACUUUGCAAGAAAGGAGGCUUCAACCGAGAAAAACAAAACGUCCUAAUUUUUGUUGACUUUAUAAAGAGGAAAUGUUGAUUAACAGAAGUAAAAUAGAAACGUAAUCUUCUAUAUUUGUAGCUCUUGAAGAUAAUCUAUGUACAUUAUCAAAGGCUUAAUGUGUUCGACACUAAUGUUACAAAUCAGCUUUGAAAUGGUUGAACCGCUUUAUUUACAUAACAAGUACACAUAAUUCAUAUCUUUGUACGCUUGAAUGAUAAUAAACUUAAUAAAAUACCAACA